AUGGCCAUCUCCUCACGCCUCGCCCUAUGGGAGCAGAAGGAAAGUGAUAUUCGUGAAGAAGACAAGAGCCCACCACCAUCCUCCCCGCCUCCCCUUUUCUCUGUCAUCCCAGGGGGCUUCAUUAAACAAUUGGUCCGGGAGACGGAGAAAGAGUCCAAGGAAGCAAGGCGGAAGAAGCAGACAGUACUCACCCCUCAGGAGCAAGAGACACCUGAGGUUUCCAGCAGCCCACCCAACAGCAAAUCCACCAGUACCACCAAAUCGGGAAGUCUACAGACCCACCAGGGCAGCCAACCGGGCUCUCCCCAGGACUCAAACAUUCCGAGCCAGGAGAGCAAGGGGACUGUCAGCAAGGACCCCAUGCUGAUGGCUAGCAUCAAUGGCGAGAAAGCCCAGGAGCCAGGUUCCAGGGAGGCCCCCACCAAAAAACCCCUACCCUUCAAGAGGGGUGUGAAGAGGGGUGAUGUGCUGUUGAUGGUAGCCAAGCUGGACCCGGACUCAGCCAAGCCAGAGCAGAGGGCCCAACCCCAGGACCCCCCCACCUGCAAGACCCCAUCUCAUGUCACAGACCCAGGAGGGGAAAAGAAAGGAGAUGCUCGAGGGUCUUCCUGUGGUUCCCAGACCAGUGUGGAGGAGCCAGCCCCGAAGACCGAGGAGACCCUGAUACAGACUCUUGGGGGUCCAGGCCAAGAAAAUGUGUCACUGACAAAAAACAAGAAGGGUCAAGUCUCAGUGGGAAGAGGGGCCAGGGACCCGCAGACCAAAGGACUUAAAGGGGGUGAGGUCCAGGGGAAUGAGGGACAGGGACCCAGGCCCCGAGCCCAAAGGCCAGGUGAGGGAGGGCAGCCAGGGAUGCCAGUGGGGGAGGGAGGGGAUUCCCAAAGCAAGAUGGGAAAGGGGGUUCUCUCCAAAGAUGCAGGGGAUAAAAGGAAGGGAACUGGGGUCCAAAGCCAGGGAAAGACGUGGGGAGGUUCCCUGGGCAGAAAGACCAAGUGGGGUGAUCCCCAGAGUAAGGACAAAGAAUGUGAGCUCCCGAGGACAGGAGAGAAGGCAGGUGACUCUCACCUCAAGACAGAGAAGAAGGACAAAGUGCAGGGGAAGGUGGGGGGACCCCUGCUUGUCGCAGGGAAAGCAGGUGAGCCCCAGAGUACAGCUGAGAAGACUGGGACUGAAGAAGUGAGGCAACCUCAGAGUAAGUCUGGGGAGGCAGAUACUGUUCAGGGUAAGACAGAGAAGGGCCAGACAGUCCCAGAGAAGGCGGGUACGAGCCAGGAGUCCAUCGGGGCAGCUGGAAAGGAGGACCGGCCAGAAAGCAGAGGGCAGAGAGCAGAGUGGCCUGACCCAAGAGCAGACACUGAGGCCAAGGCCCUGGAGCUGGAGCUACAAAAACCUAAACCUGCUCUGGAGUCACGGGAGGAGAAACAAGAGGGGCCAGCCCUGCAGGAGAGGGACCCAGGAGGCCAGAGCAAAGACUUGAACCAGGCCUCCCAGGACAGGUGGUAUGAGGCAGAGAAAGUCUGGCUGGUUCAGAAGGAUGGAUUCACUCUUGCAACCGUGCUAAAGCCAGAUGAGGGAACGGCAGACCUGCCAGCAGGAAGGGUGAGACUUUGCAUCGAUGCUGACAAAACCAUCACUGAGGUGGAUGAGGAGCUUGUUCACCGGGCUAACCCUCCUGAGCUGGAUCAGGCUGAGGACUUGGCCACCCUCAUCAAUGUGAAUGAAUCCAGUGUCCUGAACACACUUCUGCACCGCUGCCGGGCUCAGCUGCCACACACCUUCACUGGACCAGACCUCAUUGUCCUUCAGCCCUGGGGACCUGUGGCACCCUCUGCAGUAAAGGUGCCCAAGGGCCGUCGGGAUGGCCUGCCUGCCCAUAUUGGCUCCCUGGCCCAGCGGGCAUACUGGGCAAUGUUGAGCCAGAGGCGAGACCAGAGCAUCGUGGCCCUUGGCCGGAGUGGUGCUGGGAAGACCACCUGCUGUGAGCGGAUCCUGGAGUACCUGGUGGGGCUGGCAGGUGGUGUGGACAGCACAGUCUCAGUGGAGAAGAUCCGUGCCACCUUCACUGUGCUCCGGGCUUUCGGCUCAGUGCCUACAGGCCACAGUCAAAGUGCCACCCGCUUCUCCAUGGUGAUGUCACUGGACUUCAAUGCCACAGGCCGUAUCACUAGUGCUCAGCUCCAGACGAUGCUUUUAGAAAAGAGUCGAGUGGCGAGGCAACCACCGGGAGAAGGCAACUUCCAGGUUUUCUCCCAGAUGCUAGCAGGACUGGACCUGGACCUCAGGACAGAGCUGUACCUGCAUCAGAUGGCAGAGAGCAGCUCCUUUGGUAUGGGCGUGUGGUCCAAGCCUGAAGACAAGCAGAAAGCAGCAUCUGCCUUUGCCCAGCUCCGGGGCGCCAUGGAGACACUGGGCAUCUUGGAGAGUGAGCAGCGAGCCAUUUGGCGGGUUCUGGCAGCCAUUUACCACUUGGGCGCUGCGGGGGCCUGCAAAGUGGGCCGGAAGCAGUUCAUGCGGUUUGAAUGGGCAAACCAUGCAGCUGAGGUGUUGGGCUGUGAGUAUGAGGAGCUGAACAGAGCAACUUUCAAACAUCACCUGCAGCAGAUCAUCAAGCAAGUGAUGUCUGGGCCCAGCCGACGGGACCUUGAGGAUGAGGAGACCACUCCAGGGCUCAAGAUGACAGGUGUGGAGUGCUUGGAAGGGAUGGCCUCAGGCCUGUACCAGGAGCUCUUUGCUGUUGUGGUCUCACUCAUCAACAGAUCCUUCUCCUCUCACCACCUCUCCAUGGGCUCCAUCAUGGUGGUGGACUCACCAGGCUUUCAGAAUCCACGGCACCAGGGCAAGGAACGCGCUGCCACCUUCGAGGAGCUGUGCUGUAAUUACACCCAGGAGCGCUUGCAGCUGCUCUCCUACCAGCGGACCUUCGUCUCCAGCCUGGAGCGAUACCGAGAGGAAAGCAUUCCUGUGCAGUUUGACCUUCCGGAACCAUCUCCAGGGACCACGGUGGCUAUUGUAGAUCAGAACCCUUCCCAGGUCCGCUUACCAGGUGAAGGUCGUGCUGAAGAUGCCAAGGGUCUUUUCUGCGUCCUGGACGAGGAGGUUCGAGUGGAGGGCUCCAGUGAUGCCAAGGUGCUCGAGCGUCUGUGUGCAGCCUUUGAGAAGACAGGAGUUGGGGCUGAAGAGAACUCCGCACUUCGGAUGUGUGAGCAGCCUCUUCAGUGUGAGAUAGCUCACCAGCUGGGACGUGACCCGGUGCGCUAUGACGUCACAGGCUGGAUCCACAGAGCCAAACCCAACCUUUCAGCUCUGGAUGCUCCCCAGGUCCUGCAUGAGUCCAAAAGGGAGGAGUUGCGGAGCCUGUUCCAGUCCCGGAUCAAGCUACCCCCUAUCUGUCGGGCUGUGGCAGGACUGGAGGGCACCUCUCAGCAGGCCUUGCAGCGGAUCUGCGCUGUGAGGAGGACGUUUGCCAGCAGCCUGGCCGCGGUGAAGAGGAAGGCUGCGUGCACCCAGAUUAGGCUGCAGAUGGACGCACUGACCAAUGUGAUCAGACGGUCUCAGUUGUACUUCAUCCACUGCUUGGUGCCAAACUCAAUGGUGGACAGCAAGUCCGGGCAGGGGCCUCCAACUCUACUCCAGCCUGGGGGAGAUAAGCCUAGAGCAGGUGGAGUCCUGACCCCGGACAUCCCAGCUCUGCGGGCCCAACUGGCAGGGUCCCACAUCCUGGAGGCGCUGCGUCUGCACAGGAUAGGCUUUGCUGACCACAUGGGCCUUGCUCAGUUCCGCCGGCAGUUCCAGGUUCUGGACCCUCCACUCAUGAAGACGCUCAUGUCAACCUCUGAGGGAAUAGAUGAGAGGAAGGCCGUGGAGGAGCUUCUGAAGACUCUGGACCUAGAGAAAAGGGCAGUGGCCAUGGGGCACAGCCAAGUUUUCCUCAAAGCGGGUGUGGUCUGCAGACUUGAGAAGCAGCGGGAGAGGCUUGUGUCUCAGAGCAUUGUUCUUUUCCAGGCGGCCUGCAAGGGCUUCCUGUCUCGCCAGGAAUUCAAAAAGCGUAAGAUCCGCCGCCUGGCUGCCCAGUGCAUCCAGAAGAAUGUAGCUGUGUUCCUGGAGGUCAAGGACUGGCCCUGGUGGCAGCUCCUUGGUUCCCUGAGACCCUUGCUGAGCUCCACCAUGGGGGAAGAGCAGCUUCGAGCCAAGGAGGCGGAGCUUACCACGCUGAGACAAAAGCUAAAGAAAUCAGAGACGGCAAGGAAUGAACUCCGGCAGAAUGCAGACCUGCUAGAGAGCAAGAUUACUGACUUGACAACAGAGCUUUCGGAUGAACGCUUCAAAGGUGACGUGGCCUGUCAGGCACUGGAGGGUGAGAGGGCAGAGCGGCUAAGAAUCUUCCGGGAAGUGCAGGAGUUGAAGAGCAAGUAUGAGCAAGUGCAGAAGAAUUUGGGAGAAGUGGAGAAGCAGCUACAAGAAGCUCAGCAGAAAAUUCAGUUGAAUGACCUGGAAAGAAAUCGUGCUGGAGAAGCUGAUGAAUGGCAAAUGCGCUUGGACUGUGCACAGAUGGAAAAUGAGUUCCUCAAAAAGCGCUUACAGCAAUGUGAAGGGAGGCUGGACUCAGAGAUUACAUCCAGGAGAGAACUCGAGCAGAAGCUCGGGGAGCUGCAGAGCGCUUACGAGGGCGCCAAGAAGAUGGCUCAGCAGCUUAAGAGGAAGUGCCACCAUGUGACCUGUGAUCUGGAAGACACACGCGUCCUGCUUGAGAACCAGCAAAGUCGGAGCCAUGAGCUGGAGAAGAAGCAAAAGAAGUUUGAUAUGCAGCUGGCCCAGGCCCUGGGUGAAUCUGUGUUUGAGAAGGGCCUCCGGGAGAAAGUAACCCAGGAGAACACCAGUGUCCGCUGGGAGCUAGGCAAGCUUCAACAGCAGUUGGAGCAAAAGGAACAAAACAUCUUGCAAUUGAAGCAGGAGGUGGAGAGGCUACAGGCCCACAAACAGGAGCUGCUGGGAUCUUCCUCUGUGGGCCAAAAUGCCGUCGCCAAUUUGAAGGAGAAACUUUGGAAGAUGGAGUCCAGUGUUCUUGAGCAGCAGAAAAUCCAGAACCAGCAGGAGAAUACCAUCACGCAGCUGGAACAGCUUCGUCAGCAAUUUGAGCUGGAGAUUGAACGGAUGAAGCAGAUGCACCAGAAGGACCGUGAGGACCAAGAAGAGGAACUGGAGGACAUCCGCCAGUCCUGCCAGAAGCGGCUCCGGCAGCUGGAAAUGCAACUGGAGCAAGAGUAUGAGGAGAAACAGAUGGUCCUCCAUGAGAAGCAGGACUUGGAAGGCUUGAUCGGAACUCUUUGUGAUCAGAUUGGCCAUCGGGACUUUGAUGUGGAGAAGCGUCUUCGGAGGGACCUCAAGAGGACCCACGCACUCCUGUCAGAUGUGCAGCUCCUUCUCAGGACCAUGGAGGACACCAAGACGUCGAUCAGCAAGGAGGAGUUGGAGAAAGUGCACAGCCAGCUGGAGCAGAGUGAAGCCAAGUGUGAAGAUGCCUUGAAGACCCAGAAGGCGCUGACUGCAGACCUGGAGACCAUGCACAGUGAAUUGGAGAGCAUGACCCGGAACAAGAGCCUGGUGGAUGAGCAGCUAUACCAGCUGCAGUUUGAGAGGGCAGACCUCCUGAAGCGCAUUGACGAGGACCAGGAUGACCUGAAUGAGCUCAUGCAGAAGCACAAGGACCUCAUUGCCCAGUCUGCUGCUGACAUUGGUCAGAUCCAAGAAAUGCAGUUGCAGUUGGAGGAAGCUAACAAAGAAAAGCACAAGCUUCAAGAACAAUUGCAGGUGGCUCAGAUGCACAUCGAGUACCUAGAGCAAUCCACGGUGGAGAGAGCCAUCGUCAGCAGGCAAGAGGCAAUCAUCUGUGAUCUAGAGAAUAAGACGGAGUUCCAGAAAGUGCAGAUCAAGAGAUUGGAGGUGCUGGUGAUCCGGCUCCGGGACAGUCUGAUCAAGAUGGGCCAGGAGCUGUCUCAGGCAGCAGCCUCGGAGUCCCAGCAGCGGGAGAGCAGCCAGUAUUACCAGCGGCGCCUGGAGGAACUGAAAGUGGACAUGGAGGAGCUGAUGCAACGGGAGGCAGAAGCGAGCCGGCGCUGCAUGGAGCUGGAAAAGUAUGUAGAGGAGCUCUCAGCGAUGAGGCAAACCCUCCAGACAGACCUGGAGACGUCCAUCAGAAGGAUUGCUGACCUGCAGGCAGCCUUGGAAGAGGUGGGGUCCAGCGACAGUGACACAGAAAGUGUCCAGACAGCAGUGGAUUGUGGUGGCAAAAAAGAAAUGGAUAAUGUCUCCGACUUCAGCUCCCGACCCGAGAGCAGUCUGCAGUCCUGGAUGAGCUGUACUCUCUCCCUGGCCACAGACACCUUGAGGAGUCCUUCUCGACACUCAGUCAUCAGUAGCCACAUGCUCAGCCCCAGGACUAACGAGGAGGCUGGGGAUGCUGAGAGGACCAGACUCACAUCAGCACUGAGUAGAACCCGCUGCAAGACCCCCGGGAGCCAGUCUCCCCUUUCCUCCCACGGGCAGAAGUAUGGCCACUUUGGGGAUGGUGAAGGUCUUGGUACUCAGAGGAAGAGUGUGGAGAAAUUGGAAGCUCUGUCCCCUUCCCUAUCUUCACAGAGUAGGCAGUCACCCCCGCUGUCAGGAGAAAAGCUGCCCCGCCCUUCGCCAGCCCUCUCCGAGUUUGUGGAAGGCCUCCGGAAGAGGAGAGCUCACAGGGGGCAGGGGUCCCCACUGGGUCUGGAGGACUGGCCCACCCUCCCCAUCUACCAGACCACAGGAGCAUCCAUGCUGCGGAGGGGCAGGGCCAGCAGUGAUGAGGGUGACCUCUCACUGAGGCUGGGGACAAGGUCACCCCUGGACCCAGAGGGUGCCACAGGUCUUCUGCGGUCCACCAGCCUGAAGUGCGUCUCAUCCGACGGUGUGGGGGUCACUACACCACUGCCCGAGAAGCUGCAGACCCGGUUCAGUUCCUGUGAGUCCCUGAUAGAGUCCAGGCCCAGCUUGGGGAGGGACCACAGCUCCUCGACUACAUCUAGGGAUGCCAUCUCAUCCCCUGUGUUGUACCCUCGGAGGCCGUGUCUGGAUACCUCUCUGGAGGAUGCCAGCUGCCCAGACCUGGGGAAAGAACCACUUGUCUUCCAGAACCUCCAGUUUGCUCACCUUAUGGCAGAACCUCAAGCUAGUGACCCAUUCAGCUGGAAGCUCUCCAGCCUCAGUUACAAACGCAAGACCCAAACGGAUUUUGAUGACUUCCUCCCGGCCAUUAGGAAGCCCGAGACUCCCAUUUCCUCAUCUGGAGUGGCCAAGGAUGGGCAAGACAUCUCACAGCUUUCCAGCAUCCACUGUGAAACGGAAGAAGCUGGCCGUUCCUUUCUCUCAGGAAUCUGUGCAGCCUCGCCUAAGACCCCCGAGCCCAGGGAAGACCCCGCUCACCUCUCAGACUCAUCCUCGUCCUCUGGCUCCAUCCUGUCCUUCAAAAGUGCCGACAGCAUCAAGAGCCGGCCAAGGAUGCUGAGACUAGAGGGCGAUGGUGGGGAGCAGACGUCACUGGAGAACAGAGAGACUGUACCCAGGACAAAAGAGGAUGAUGUUGAAAGCAUCAUGAAGAAGUACCUCCAGAAGUAG